GUUAAUAUAACGUUAACGAAAUGUCUAGGGAUCGAUUUCAGGACGAAAACGUCGCUCCAAACAAAUGUUUUGUAAACGCAUAGGAGCCGUCGGCCAAAGACUUCUAAGUCCACAACGCGUCCGAGCACAGUGUUGCUAUUAUCUGGUUUGUUUCUCUCAAUAUCUCAUAGGUCACCAUAUAAAGAUGAAACUGCCCUUCAAGAUAAUCGUAGACAGAGAGCAUCGCGACAACGCCUCGUCUCGCGCUGAUAACGCGAUGGAAAUUAUCGACCCCGGUUCACCGACGGGGGUUUGUUUUGAACGUGCAUCCUCGCGCACAGCCGUCGCCACGACGAUAGAACAGGCAAGCCUUUCCACGACGGUGGCGACGGCGUCGUCAAUGAUUCCGAAUCGUAUAAAAUGGAAUAAAGAGCACACGUACGAGAUAACAGGUUGCUGCCGAAACACGAGCCACGUAUCAGGCUAACGUGCGUUUCGUAUUAUACACGACACGACCACGACACGAGACAAUCUCCUUCGAGAGCGCGCGCAUCGCCCAUUGUUUCGACGCGGUGGCGGUGAUAUGGGUAAAAGCGACCGGAUAAAUGGCGACUUUCCCCCCUCCGCUCGCGACCGCCUCACGGGUUGUAAAUCUCACGCGACACGCCGAAACGCACGCGUUCAUCGAACGAGUAUACGAACGUUUAAAUAACGGAAAUAUCGUCUGACAAGAAUUGAACGACGUUUCAUUGAAAAAAUACCUCAACCAAA